UUUCUUAAUUCGUUGAUAGAGUUGUCUUGGCUUUUAGGUGAUUAUUAGUUAUUACUUGUUAGACACAAAGCUCUUUGAGUUUUGUUAUCUUUUUCGCCGGAGAUUAAUAGCUCAGUUAAUGAACUAUGUAUCCGUGGAAGCAAUACGACGCCGUAUAUCUUCGAGUGAUAGGGAUCAUAAGUAUUUAACCCAAGCUGUGGAAGAAGCAUACAUUGGAGUCGAGCGUGGUGAUGGCCGCCCUUUUGGAGCGGUUAUAGUUCAUAAGGACAAAGUCCUUGUGAGCUGCCAUAAUAUGGUUUUAAGAUACAAAGACCCAACAGCACAUGCUGAAACCGUAGCCAUUAGAGAGGCAUGUAAGAAACUGAACGGUAUCAAGCUGUGGGAAUGCGAGAUGUACGCGUCGUGCGAGCCUUGUCCGAUGUGUUUUGGAGCCAUCCAUCUCUCAAGACUUAAGAGAUUGGUGUAUGGGGCGCAAGCAGAAGCAGCUGUAGCCAUCGGGUUCAAUAGCUGCGUAGCCAACGGUGUGAAAGGCACUGAGCUCUUCCAUAAGUCUAGUCUAGAGAUCGUAAAACUCGAUGUGAGUAUCGCUGAGCAAGUGUUUCAGAAUACAAAGGAGAAGUUCACUUUAUAGUAAGAAAAUGCAUUUGCUAAUCACCUACACGUUGUAUUUCCUUUCGGGAAGUGUUUGUAUGUAUGUACUUCUGUUCUUUCGCUUCUUCUAAGACGCAGAACAACGCUUUGUUA